AUGAACGACGGUGAGGACUGGUCCGACCGACGUCCCUCUUCCAACGUCAUGGACUACGCUUCCAGUGUGAAUGAUGCGCCGGAUCACCACAGCACCUCUCCUUUGGCCAGGAUGGCAUCCCACUCGCACAACAACCGCUUCUACACCUCGCGACAUGGAAAGGCGCCGGUGCGACCCCAGCAUAUCACGCCUUCCUCAUCCAUGAACAAUGUGCCCACCAUGCCGAUUCCGAUACCCUCCAAUCCGAACGUGAUACCAGGCAACACUCUUCCCUCAGCCCCCGCGAGCCCUCCCACACCCGCACCCAGCCCGACACCGAUGCAGCGUGCGCCCGACUGGAGCACGGCAGACCCGCACGAAGACAUUGGCGACAUCGACCUCGAUGACCCCGAGCAGCCUCAGAAAUUACUCAGUCUACCGAGUUCGGCGAGAGGAUAUGGAUUCGGCUAUAGGGACAUGCGCGCAGCUUUUGCAGAAAUGGAUAACAACCAGCGACAGCGCAUGCUGGCAGAGCUGUUGAACAUGUGCGACGGGAAGCUGCUGGGCUUCGUGGCUAACUUCGUUGGACCGAGGUUGAAAAGAGAUCCAUUCUCAGUACUUCCUAACGAGCUGUGCUUGAGAAUAUUGGCUUUUGUUGAGGAUGCGAGGACACUGGCGAGGAGCUCGCAGGUGAGUAAGAGAUGGCGUGAGUUGGUGAGCGACGACAUGGCCUGGAAGAGCUUGUGUGAUAAGCAUGCGUACAGGCGCAUGUCGGACGAUCCGCCAUCUGCUUCCCCGAGGCCCAUUCCUGGGGCGACGUCCUCUAGCAUCGAUCAGCGACAUCAGCAUCCUUACGGCUAUCAUCAUUACGCGCAAGCGCACAGCUCUUCGUUUGCCGGCCUCUCCUCCAGCGCACCCGAUCUCACGCAUCGAACGAGCCUCAACGCCACGGCCUCCGUUCUCCCACCAACUCUCCGCGCAUCGUUGUCGAGCGCUAAAAGACGGCCGAAAGCAAUCAGCUAUCGCAGUCACUUCAAGCAGAAGUACCAGGUUGAGACUGCGUGGAGACACGGCGGAAAGGUGGACCAGCGUCAAAUAACGCCCGAUCAGGGUGUCGUCACUUCGUUACACCUGACAUCCAGCUACAUUAUUGUUGCGCUCGACAAUGCCAAGAUACAUGUCUUUGAUACUAGUGGAAGGCAUCUACGCUGCUUGCAAGGUCAUGUCAUGGGCGUAUGGGCAAUGGUGCCGUACGGUGACAUUCUGGUAUCUGGAGGCUGUGACCGAGAUGUGCGGGUCUGGGAUCUUACGACUGGUAUGGCACAACACAUGCUGCGCGGACACACAAGCACUGUUCGCUGCUUGAAGAUGAGCGGACCCAAUACUGCUAUUUCUGGUUCGCGGGAUACCACGUUACGAGUCUGGGAUAUCAGGAAAGGCGUCUGCAAACAUGUGCUCGUCGGUCACCAGGCAUCUGUGCGCUGUCUAGAGAUCCACGGCGACCUCGUUGUGUCCGGUAGCUACGACACUACGGCGAGGAUAUGGUCGAUCAGCGAAGGGCGAUGUCUUCGAACGCUUCAGGGACAUUUUAGUCAGAUCUAUGCUGUCGCCUUCGACGGUCGUCGUGUCGCGACUGGCUCGCUCGACACGAGCGUACGCGUUUGGGACCCACGCGAUGGGAGAUGCUUGGCUCAACUGCAGGGACACACAUCGCUUGUCGGUCAGCUGCAACUGCGCAACGAUACCCUCGUGACUGGUGGUAGUGACGGUAGUGUUAGAGUUUGGAGCUUGCAGACGUAUUCUGCUAUUCACCGGCUCGCGGCUCAUGACAACAGUGUUACAAGCCUUCAGUUUGACGACAGCAGGAUUGUAUCUGGCGGCAGUGAUGGGCGGGUUAAAGUCUGGGAUCUGCAGCGAGGAUGUCAAGUCAGAGAGCUUGGGAAUCCUGCUGAGGCAGUGUGGCGGGUGGUAUUCGAAGAGGAGAAGGCCGUCGUCCUCGCUAGCCGAGGCGGGAAGACUGUCAUGGAGGUCUGGGACUUUGCGCCGCCGCCCGAAGACGACAUUCAUUCAUCUGGAACAUCUUCACUGCGUUCAAAUACCUCUAGUCCAGGUAUUGUGCCAUAUCAGGAACCGGCUUACGGGCAGCAUCCAUCCUAUGAUAGAUUUGGUGUACCACCUUACGCUGAUCCCGUUAUCGAGGAAGACAUUCAACGGGAAUGGCGGGAUUACCAAUCGACUAGGACCCAGAAAAUGAUUCAAGAACAGGACGCGAUUAUGACGGACACUUACGACCACACCAUGCUGGAUGAUGGGCAAGAGAACGACAAUGGAGAAGGCAGCGCGCCAGUGGACGAAACAUAG